GAUCCGUCCGAACAAUCCGUCUUGGCGGCACUGGUGGAGAGUCCUGCGGUCUUAAUGGUGGCCACAGUCGACCACAUCAACGCUACGCUUAUACAAACAAAUCAUCAUUUGCAAUCUUUCAACUGGAUAUACUAUCGUGCCGAUACAUUCAUAUUCUCGUGGAAAGAAAUAAUUGCGGGACAAUCCGUUUUGCUAGGUCUAAACCCGAAAAGCAACCAAACAACCCAUUCGCUGUCCUCCCUUGAUGUUUUGUGGCAGUCACUGGCUGCGAAUUCUCGCUUGAUCCUUCGCAUGUUCUACGCAAUGUUCUUCCAUACUAAGGAGCCUGUGGCCUUCUGGGAUCUAUUCAGCGCUGCCAAAGACGAGUUCCUUGUGUCGUCGGAUACCGCGCUUCGUCAGCAAUUAGUGGAGUUGAGCGAUCAUCGCAUACUCAAGUGGAAAAGAGGCGAGGAAGGAAAUGAGCAACUGGUUGGCUGCUUAGACAGGAAUCUCGUCGAAAAGUUUCUCGAAGAGAAGGGUCUCAAUUUGGAUAUGGUAUGA